AUGAAGACCGUUCGGGACGUUGGAUUUGGACCUGCUGCGGAGAUAGGUGGAAGCCGAUCCCCAUCAAACAACAUGCGAACUGGCAUUCGCUCCUGGGUGAGCCAAACCACAGAUGUUCGCGGAUUAAAGUCAAUCGAGAAGACGCGAAAACUCGGUCGAUGGGUACCUCAUGUUAAAACGCAGUAUGACAUGGACCGCUGCCCUGACAUGGCACUUCCUCUCAAGUCUCUCACCCACACGUGGCUUGAGCACCUAGGCACCGGGGUUGAGAAGCGGAUACCCUAUUCAAACAUACACCGGCGUGCUCAAUGGGUUGACAAAGGUGCGGAUGCAGAAGACGUGCCUAAACUCAAGUACACGGCGAAAACGUUAUGCUCUGCAUAUGGUAGAGCGUACCUGGCGUUGAAUACUGGAAGCUGCCUGCUUAGGGAUGCACGGUAA